AUGUUUAAUUCCCAGCUAAAUCCAGAAGUGGCGCCUAAUUAUCCCUACUCACAAUUAUCAAAAUUUCUGGUUACUAAGCGAUCAUGGCGAGCGAACUCUGUGUGGUCCAACUUUCCCACAAAACAGAAUAUACAAAUAAUCAGUAAUCCAACAAAAGAUAAAAAUAAAACAAAACUAUUAAAUGCAUGUACUGGGGAUGCUGUGGAUAGUUCAAAUUUUCCAAAGAAUAGUUUUAAUAAUGAAACAUCCAGUACUUUGUCUCUACCAUGUCCAAAUACAUCGCCGCAUUUUACAAAUACACCAUCUGAGGAAGAAGUAAAACUAAAUAAAUUUCUUGAAGUUCAUGGAUUCCGGUGGUAUCAAGUUGUGGUGUUUUUGGUUUCUGUAUUAACUUACCUUGCCGAUGUUGUAUCUGAUGCUUAUCUGGUAUUCACAUAUUAUGCACAGGGGGAUUAUUUCUGGUCUGUGUUAACCAUGAUAUUCAUGAUUGUUCCAGCACUUCUCAUGUCAACUUUCAGUCUCACAUGGUAUUUUCUAGACAAUAAAGUUCGAGUUGAUCCUCCACGUAGCUGUCGAGCAUGGACAUUUCGAUUGAUUUUUCAUGGUCUUCAAUUAGCCCCUUUAGUACGGUCAGCUGAUGCUAUCUACUAUGGGAUUGUAAGUCGUCGACCAGGUUUAAGUCGUUUAGCAGCUGCUCAGUAUACACAGUUAAUGCUCUAUGAAGAUGCCGACUGUGCUAUGCUACGGAUGAUAGAAUGUUUCACUGAAUCUGCUCCCCAGCUUUUAUUACAAUUGUAUAUUAUUUUGACGCAAACUUAUCCGAUACAGAAAUAUCAAGUAACUGCACAAUUUGUUUCAUGUGCCUUUUCAUGGUUUUCAUUGGCGUGGUCAUUAACUUACUAUCAAUCUGCACUGCGUAGUUCACGAAUCGAGAAGGCGAAUAUGCCAUCCAAAGGAUUAUGCCUAUUUGUUCUUUGGAAGGCAGGUGUACUACUCUCAAGAUUAUUAGCUCUGGGCGUACUUGCUGCUGUGGUUAAAGGAUUCUGGUUCACAUUAGCCCUUUGUAUGCAUUGGUUAUUCGCUUCAGGCUGGUUAAUCACACGGGGGACAACAUUCUGUUCAUCAAACUCACGAACAUGUAGAGAAGUCAUCUUCGACUUUGUCUUAGGUGCUGUGUAUUGUUUUGAUGUUGUGAAUAUACGUGAGGGCGCUAGUCGUUUAUGGUAUUUGUCGUGUUAUCUAAUCAUUGGUAUUGAAAAUAUAUUGUGUGCUUGUCUUGGGUGGUGGUGGUGGUCGUCGGCGUCGUCGCCGAAUUCUUUGAUUGAUACAUACUGGUGGAGUAAACAUCUAUUCAACAAGAAGCAAUCAUCCACUUGGAUUUCUCUAUUCCCUGCUUAUACUGUACCGAUUAUUGUGAUAUGCAGUUUUUUUAUAGGAAUUAUCAUGAUGGCCGUCUACUACACUACAGCUCAUCCAUCAGGAGAGAUUCGGUUAUGUAUUCCGUGUGAUGAACUUAUGAGUAAUGAUACUCGUCAAAAUUCAUUAUCUAAUGAAAUUCCUGUUCAUCCAAGUACUCAAUUGGUGUAG